AUGGUCAGCAGUCGUCUUGGCAGACCUCAGGUCAAGAAUGAGCGACCGGAGGAGGUGAAUAAACGGACCAUGGCGCAUCGACCGGGAAGUGGCCGCACGCACGAAAUGGCCUGGAACCUGUUCAAGGGUGGUGGACUAAAAGUGACUCCAUGUGGCGGGAUCAACCCGCCCUUUGCCCCAGAUGCACCGAACCAGCCCAAAGUGCGUAUUGCGCGCCUACAACGUGACGCACCUCAGGUCGAGAAUGAACGACCGAAAGAGGUGAAGAAACGGACCAUGGCACGUCGCCCAGGAAAUGACCAUACGCAAGAAAUUGCCUGA